AUGUCAGCCAGAAAGGGCUAUCUGCUCCCUUCGCCAAAUUAUCCCACAACAAUGUCAUGCUCGGAGAGCCCCGCCGCGAACUCUUUUUUGGUCGACUCGCUCAUCAGCUCGGGCAGAGGCGAGGCCGGCGGCGGUGGCAGCGGCGCGGGGGGCGGUGGCGGCGGCGGCUACUACGCCCACGGCGGGGUCUACCUCCCGCCGGCCGCCGACCUGCCCUACGGGCUGCAGAGCUGCGGGCUCUUCCCGGCUCUGGGAGGCAAGCGCAAUGAGGCGGCGUCGCCGGGCGGCGGCGGCGGCAGCGGGGGCCUGGGUCCCGGGGCGCACGGCUACGCGCCCGCGCCUAUAGACCUGUGGCUGGACGCGCCCCGGUCGUGCCGGAUGGAGCCGCCCGAGGGGCCGCCGCCGCCGCCGCCCCAGCAGCAGCCACCGCCCCCGCCGCAACCACCCCAACCCCCGCCGCAGGCCACCUCGUGCUCUUUCGCGCAGAACAUCAAAGAGGAGAGCUCCUACUGUCUCUACGACUCGGCGGACAAAUGCCCCAAAGGCUCCACCGCCACGGCCGAGCUGGCCCCCUUCCCGCGGGGCCCGCCGCCCGACGGCUGCGCCCUGAGCACCUCCAGCGGGGUGCCAGUGCCCGGCUACUUCCGCCUCUCCCAGGCCUAUGGCACGGCCAAGGGUUACGGCAGCGGUGGCGGCGCGCAACAGCUCGGGGCCGGCCCGUUCCCCGCUCAGCCCCCCGGGCGCGGCUUCGACCCGCCACCCGCACUCGCCUCCGGCUCAGCGGAUGCAGCCCGGAAAGAGCGAGCCCUCGAUUCACCGCCGCCCCCCACGCUGACUUGCGGUGGCGGCGGCGGGGGCUCCCAGGGCGACGAGGAGGCGCACGCGUCGUCCUCGGCCGCAGAGGAGCUCUCCCCAGCCCCUUCCGAGAGCAGCAAAGCCUCGCCCGAGAAGGACUCCCUGGGCAAUUCCAAAGGCGAAAACGCAGCCAACUGGCUCACUGCAAAGAGCGGCAGGAAGAAGCGCUGCCCUUACACCAAGCACCAGACGCUGGAGCUGGAGAAGGAGUUUCUGUUCAACAUGUACCUUACUCGAGAGCGGCGCCUAGAGAUCAGCCGCAGCGUCCACCUCACGGACAGACAAGUUAAAAUCUGGUUUCAGAACCGCAGGAUGAAACUGAAGAAAAUGAACCGAGAAAAUCGGAUCCGGGAGCUCACAGCCAAUUUUAAUUUUUCCUGA